UCUGACCGUCUCCUUCCGCCGCGGGGCUGGGGCCGGGCAGACGCUUGGCGUGUGCUGGCGUCUCCGCGCGCGCCGAGGGAUUCUGGGUAACGGCCCCCCCCCCCCCCCCCGGGGGCGGCGGCUGCGGGGCAGCCGGUUCCGGUCUGCCGGGAGGCCGUUGAAGGUGGCGGUUUGCCGGGCCGGGGGGAGCGGGGUUAUGGAGCGGCCGUGGCCGCCGCCUGGACCCUGGAACCUCCCCGGGGACCGUGGGGAGGAUGACGAGGAGACGGAGCUGGAGGUGUCUCCCUGCUCCUCCCGCUUCCCGCAGCCGCCUGUCGACGGCCCCCAGAUGUAUAACCAAGGGAUUGAACUGGCUUGCCAAAAGCAGAAAGAGUUUGUGAAAAGCUCUGUAGCAUGCAAAUGGAAUCUAGCUGAAGCUCAACAGAAACUUGGUAGUUUAGCACUUCAUAACUCUGAGUCUCUGGAUCAGGAACAUGCCAAAGCACAAACAGCAGUGUCGGAAUUGAGGCAAAGGGAAGAAGAGUGGAGACAAAAAGAAGAGGCCCUGGUACAGCGAGAGAGAAUGUGUUUAUGGAACAUGGAUGCCAUUAGCAAGGAUGUUUUUAAUAAGAGUUUUAUUAAUCAAGAUAAAAGUAAAGAAAUAGAAGAUGAAGAUAAAUCCAAAUCAUUUAUGCAGAAAUAUGAGCAAAAGAUUAGACAUUUUGGUAUGCUAAGUCGAUGGGAUGAUAGUCAGAGGUUCUUGUCUGACCAGCCAUACCUUGUAUGUGAAGAAACUGCUAAGUAUCUCAUCUUAUGGUGUUUUCAUCUAGAAGCUGAAAAGAAAGGGGCUCUAAUGGAACAAGUAGCACAUCAAGCCGUCGUAAUGCAGUUUAUUAUGGAAAUGGCCAAAAACUGUAAUGUGGAUCCCCGAGGGUGUUUUCGUUUAUUUUUUCAGAAAGCCAAAGCUGAGGAAGAGGGUUAUUUUGAAGCCUUCAAAAAUGAACUUGAAGCAUUCAAGUCAAGAGUAAGACUCUAUUCUCAAUCACAAAGUUUUCAACCUAUGUCAGCUCAGAAUCAUGUUCCCCACAUUGGUGUUGGAUCUAUAGGUGUAUUAGAAUCCUUACCACAGAAUCCAGAUUAUCUUCAGUAUUGUACAAAUACAGCGCUCUGCAGCUUAAAUUCAGUGGUUCAUAAAGAGGAUGAUGAACCGAAAAUGAUGGACACUGUAUAGUUCAGUUAAGACUGCUAAGGCCAAGUGCUAUUUUGUUACAAAAAAAAAAAAAAAAAAGGAAGAACUUGGCUAUAUUCUUGACACUUUUAUGGGUGCUGCACUUUAUUUUUGUUUGGUUUUUGAUGAGAGGGGAAGAGUGAACUGAAACAUUUUAUAUUUUCUUUUUUUUUUUUUUUUUUUUUUUUUUGGAAAAUAUGCUGCUAGGUUUUUUUGUUUUGUUUUUGUCUCGGGGGUGAGGAGGUGUUUUUUUUUUUUUUCCUUGGAGGGAGAAGAGGUACACCAUAUGUUGCAGGAUGUGAAACUGGACCUUUUUUUUUUUUUUUUUUUUUUUUUUUUUUUUUUUUUUUUUUUUUUUUUUUUUUUUGGCUACUAAAUUUGCCUUUAAUCUUAUUGUUCUCAAUUUUGAAAUCAAAGUAUGAAAAUCUGCACAAAUACAAUGUUUACAAGAACUGGUUGAUUCUAGGAGGCAUCUGCUACAGUCUCUUUUUAUAUAGACAUUCAUGUCCUCUUACAAAGACAAAGAUAAAAUGUACUUGUAUCAUAUUGCUAAUUUAGAUGUCAAAUCUGGUGUUUCAUCAUAUUAAAAGCAAUAAAUCAGUAAUUGAUGUCCA